AUGCAUACACGAAGUAAGGCAGGUGAGAGGCCACUGAUAUGUUCUGAGUGUGGGAAAUGUUUUACAUACAAAUCACAACUUGUUAAUCAUCACGGAAGUCACACAGGUGAGAAGCCAUUUCCAUGUUCUGAGUGUGGGAAAUGUUUUGCACUUAAAUCACAUCUUGAGAAGCCAUUUCCAUGUACUGAGUGUGGGAAAUGUUUUGUAAGUAAAUCACAACUUGUUAUACAUCAGCGAAGUCACACUGGUGAGAAGCCAUUUCCAUGUACUGAGUGUGGGAAAUGUUUUGUAAGUAAAUCACAACUUGUUACACAUCUGCGCAGUCACACAGGUGAAAAGCCUUUUCCAUGUUCUGAGUGUGGGAAAUGUUUUGCAUGUAAAUCAGAUCUUGUUAUACAUCACAGAAGUCACACAGGUGAGAAGCCAUUUUCUUGCUCUGAGUGUAAGAAAUGUUUUGAACUCAAAUCACAUCUUGUGAGACAUCAGAGAAGUCACACAGGUGAGAAGCCAUUUUCUUGCUCUGAGUGUGGGAAAUGUUUUGCACACAAAUCAGUUCUUGUUAUACAUCAGAGAAGUCACACAGGUGAGAAGCCAUUUUCUUGCUCUGAGUGU